UUUCUAAAAACGAGGUAUACGAGGCCAUCCCUUUUUCUCAUUAGCUAGUGAUUAUUUCGUUGCGUAUUUGGCUGCAGUGCGUGCGCUCACGACGCAUUUGUUUGGCGGUUUCGUACUUGUUUAAAAUCCCAAUGUUACGAGCACAAGUAUUAUUUCAAUAUUAAUCGCAAAUAUAAAAGCGUAUCUUUGUAUUUAAAGGAUAUUAUAGCAGAUGCGAGAAGAUUAUUAAUUACAAGGGUAAAGUCAAGAGUGUAGAUAUUAAGCGUUAAGUUUUCUAUAAUGUCGGACGACGAAGAUUUGGUGUACGUGAAGAAACAAAAAAUUGUACAUUAUGGAUCCCUCGAAGAAGCGGAACGUACCCGUCUUGCCGCUGCGGCGGAAUGUUCGGAAGAAGAAAAGGAAGCUACUAAUUCUAAUGAUGCUGUCAACGUAUCCACCUUGGCCGGUAAUAUACACAUCUCCAAUGAAUACAUGGAAUUGGAAGAUGAAAUGUCUAAAGAUAGGCAAGCGUUGUUGGAAGAGUUUGAACGUAGAAAGAAAGCUAGACAGAUCAAUGUAUCCACGGACGAUUCGGAGGUAAAAAAGAAUUUAAGACAGUUGGGCGAGCCCAUAUGUUUGUUCGGCGAAGGCCCUGCGGAUAGACGAACGAGAUUAAGAGAGUUACUGGCUAGUCUUGGGGAAGACGCGAUAAAGAAGAAACACGAAGAGGAGGAGAAACCUGCUCACACGGUCGAAAGAGACACCGAAUCUACUUGGUAUCACGAAGGGCCGGAAUCUCUACAAAUAGCUCGUUAUUGGAUAGCAACAUUUUCUUUGGCCAGGGCAAAAAUUAGGUUGGAAAAAGCAAGACAAGAUUUUGAAUUGCCAGGUGCUACGCGUACAGCGCGUAGACAAGAACUUUUAAAGAAGCUACAAGCUCUAUCUAUAUACUGUUCGCAAAUCGGUGACACGAGACCGAUAUCGUUUUGUCAGUUUAGCCCAAAUUCGAAGAUUCUCGCUACAGCCUCGUGGUCUGGCUUAUGCAAAUUAUGGUCGGUACCGGACUGUACUCUCUUACGAACACUACAGGGACACACCUACAACGUUAGCUGCAUCGUUUUUCAUCCAAAUGUCUCGCUUUCCGAAGAGGUUUUAGGGGAUGGCGCAGGACAGACGUGCGUAUUGGCAUCUUGCGCUUCGGACGGUACGCUUGACGAAUCUUUAGGAUCUCGUAGGGUAGUAGAUAUUUGGAGGAACCUUUUUACGAGCUUUUUACGAGUUAUCGUUCUUACAGGUACGGUCAAAUUAUGGUCCGGUGGUAAAGGGGAGGAACCUUUAGCAGAAGUCGAAGGACACGAACCUCAUAGAGUUUCGAGGAUAGCCUUCCAUCCAUCCGGGAGAUUUCUUGGAACCUGUUGUUACGAUGCCUCCUGGCGGUUAUGGGAUUUGGAACAACAGGCAGAAGUUUUGCAUCAAGAGGGUCAUGCCAGAGCCGUACACUGCAUGAGCUUUCAGUGGGACGGCAGCGUAAAUGCUACCGGAGGACAUGAUUCUUUCGGUAGAGUUUGGGAUUUACGAACGGGUAGAUGCAUCAUGUUCAUGGAAGGGCAUUUAAAAUCUAUCUUGGGCAUCGAUUUUUCACCGAAUGGUUAUCACAUAGCAACAGCGAGCGAGGAUAAUACAUGCAAGAUCUGGGAUUUACGAAAAAGGUCUUGCAUAUACACGAUACCUGCUCAUACGAAUUUGUUAUCGGACGUGAAAUAUCAGAGAGGAGAAGGACAGUAUCUGGUUACGUCCUCGUACGAUAACACGGCCAAGAUUUGGUCUAAUAAGACCUGGCAACCGUUAAAGACCUUGCCAGGGCACGACGGUAAGGUUAUGUCCGUCGAUGUAUCUCCCGAUCACAAAUUCAUCGCGACUAGCUCGUACGACAGAACGUUUAAAUUAUGGGCACCCGAAAAUAUCUAAGACAUCUGCUAUGGAGUACUGGGCAAAAACCAAAAGAAAGAAAGAUAUAAUUAUUUGUAUUGUGUCGAUAUAUGUAAGUAAUAAAAGUGUCUUUACGCGCGCA